AUGGCCCACAUACUAUUGCAAGAAGAGAUUAAUUCAACUGGCACGCCAACUACUCCAAGAGGAUCCAAGUUUGAUAGUAAUUGGGUCGAUGUGCAACAUGUGACAUUUACACAAUGGGUUAAUGUUCAAUUACGAAAAGAAAACAUUACAGUAGAGGAUUUGACUAGUGCUUUUGUUGAUGGAGUUAAUUUGUGUUAUCUUUUGGACCAAUUAAAAUCCAAGGUCAAGACAAAGAAAAAGAAAAAGAAACAAAAUUCUAUAUCCGAAACUACCUUGUCAUCCAAGAUGAAUAAGAAACCUAAAAUUCCUAUUCAAAUGAUUGAAAAUAUCAACCUAGCGUUGAACUCUAUGGCCCAAUCUGGCAUAAACCUCACAGGUAUCACCUCAGACGAAAUUCACAAGGGAAAUUUAAAAAUUUGUCUUGCUCUCGUCUGGAGAAUGAUUUUAUUCUAUCAAAUCAACUCUUCAUCAGAUGAGCAAUCAGAUGUAAUGGAAUCGCCAACUAAGGGAAAAGUUUCAGUUGAAAAAUCCAUGUUAAAUUGGGUACAAGACAUUAUCUCAGAAUAUACUGAAAAGUAUGGUUUCUCUGUUGGUGAUAUCUCAUCAAGUUGGUCUGAUGGCAAAGCACUUGGUGCUGUUAUUGACAAACUCAUGAAGGAAAAGUUUAGAAAUGAUUUGGAAGAAAUGUUCAAAUAUUUUAAUUAUGAAAGAGAUGUUAUUAAUACCACAAAAUCAAAAUCAGAAAUUAAUGAACAUUUGGUUAGUGUAGCCAAUGAUCAAUUGGAAAUUCCAAAUUUGAUUGAUUCGGAUAUUUUGGAGAAGGGUCCUGAGAAACUUUCCAUGUUGACCUACCUUUCAUAUUUCAAAGAAAAAGGAGAAGAGUUGAUGCCAUCAGCUGAAGAAGGAACACCUGCCUCAAAUCCUGUCUCACCAAAAUCUCCAAGAUCACCAAGGUCUCCUAGAUUAUCUCACAGUUUGUCAAUGGAAGAACCUCCUGUGAUAUUGACACAUGCUCCUGAAUUGUUGCACGAUGAAAAAACCUGUCCAUUUUGCUCUAAUUUGAAUAUUCAGUUAGAAUUGAAAUUGGCAGAGUGCAGUAAAUUGGAAAUUGAUAUCAAUGAGAAGAAACAACAACUCGAAGCUGUUGAACAAUCUUUGAAUGAGGUGAAGGAAAAUUCUGAACAAAAAUUGACAACUCUUAUUGAAGAAAAGCAAAAAGUUGUUCAAGAAGUGGAAAAACUCACAGAGGAACUUUCUCAAGCAACUAAUCAAUUAGAAAAGGAAAAGGAAGAAAUUGAAAAGAUUAGAGAAACUGAACAAUCUCUCAAGAAUAAUUUAGAAUCGGUUAAAUCUGAAUUAAUCAUUUCAAAUAACUCUGUUGAUGAUUUGAGAAGGGAAGUUGAACGAUUGAAUUCUGUUGAGUUGGAAUUGAAAGAAAAGUUGGAAAUUGAAAGAAAAGAAAAAGAAGCUCUCAAACAAAAUUUCGAAAAGUCAAUUGAGAAAAUCAACUCUUACGAAGAAAAACUCAAAUCCUUCCAAGAACAAGUUGAAAACUCAAUUGUUGCAGUUGAUGAACAAUCUGAAAGCAAGGAAGAAGAACUCAAUCCAAUUGAAACAACUCCAAGAAAUCAAAGAGAACCUGUUGCUAAUAUGGUUUAUUAUUUUUUUGCUGUUUUGGGGGUUUCUUUCCUAUUAGAACUAUCAAAAUAA